AAAGUCACCGUAGUUGUCCGAGACAGAGAGAACACAAAAAUUGGGGUACAGUAGCAGAUUAAUGUUUGAGUCUGCGACUUUGACCUCCCAGAUAGAAAGUUCAAAGGCAGAGCUGAUGUGAUGACUACCGAUUCGAUCAUCUCUAGUUAAUCAAAUUCAUUUUAUAGGAGAUUGAAUGGAGAGGAGAGAGAAGCAGAGAAUUGAAAGAGCAGAGAGAGUGAAAAGGAGAGAGAGGCAGAGAAAUUACAGUGACUUUUUUGAUUCUCUACCGGACUCUCUCCUCAUCCACAUCCUCUCCUAUCUCCCAACUCGAGACUCCAUCAUCACAAGCACUUUGUCAAGAAGGUGGAGGUAUCUCUGGACUCUCAUCCCAUUCGACUUCUCCAAGUCCAAGGGCCUGCCAACGGCUGUUGUCGUCAACUUGAAUCAGGGUUCUGCUGUCAACUCCAUGGAUUUUCAUCCAUCCCAACAAACUUUGCUUCUUGCUGGAACAAAUAUUGGUGAUAUCACAAUUUGGGAUGUUGGAUGGAGGGAGAGGCUUGUUUCUCAAAGCUUCAAUGUUUGGGACGUUGAAUCAUGUUCAAUGGCCUUGCAGGCAUUGUUGGCCAGUGAUUAUACUGCAUCUGUAAACCGUGUGAUGUGGAGUCCUGAUGGUGCGCUUUUUGGGGUUGCAUAUUCGAAACAUAUAGUGCAAAUAUAUUCCUAUCAUGGUGGUCAUGAUUUGCGGAACCACCUGGAGAUUGACGCUCAUGUCGGUAAGGUUAAUGAUCUUAGCUUUUCACAUCCAAACAGACAACUCUGCAUCAUAACUUGUGGAGAGGACAAGACUAUUAAGGUGUGGGAUGCUGUCACUGGUAAUAGGCAGUACAGGUUUGAAGGGCAUGAAGCACCAGUUUACUCCGUGUGCCCUCAUCAUAAGGAAAACAUUCAGUUCGUAUUUUCAGCAGAUAUCAAUGGGAGAAUUAAGGCUUGGUUAUAUGAUAAUAUGGGUUCAAGAGUUGACUAUGAUGCUCCAGGCCCAUCUUGCAUGACAAUGGCCUACAGUGCUGAUGGGACAAGGCUAUUCUCAUGUGGGACUAGUGAAGGAGGAGAAUCAUACCUUGCCGAAUGGAAUGAAAGUGAGGGGGCUAUCAAGCAUGUAUAUAAUGGUCUUUGGAAACGGUCUGUGGGAGUAGUGCAAUUUGAUACAAUGAAGAACCAGUUCCUAGCUACCGGUGAUGAGUUUCAGAUAAAAUUUUGGGACAUGGAUGAUGUUAACAUCUUGACUACUACAGAUGCAAAGGGUGGAUUACCGGCUUCUCCUUGCAUUCGAUUUAACAAGGAAGGGAUACUGCUCGCUGUAUCAACAAGAGAGAAUGGAAUCAAAAUACUUGCAAAUGCUGAUGGUCUACAGCUUUUGCGUUCUAUUGGAAAUUGUGCAGUUGAUAACUCCAGAGGAUAGAAGACUUAGUUCAUGGUGCUUUUAUUGAAGUUAUGUUUGAUUGUAAAGGUCAUGAGGUUGAGGACUCAUUUUCAAGUUCAUAUUAGUUAGCAAAUUCUAGAUUUUAAGGACUUUAUUAUGCACUAGGGAUUCUUAUUAUGUUGUGUUAAUUAUUUUCAUGGAAUUUGAGACAA